AUGUUGGUGUUGUUCGAGACUUCUGCCGGAUAUGCCAUCUUCAAGGUGUUAGAUGCAAAAAAAUUGCAAAAAGUGGAAAAUAUUUGGGAUGAGUUUUCGACACCCGAAAAGGCGCAACGAUUGCUGCAGUUGGUUUCGUUCAGGAAGUUUAAGGAUACGGCCGAGGCAACAGAAAAUGCCAAAAGUAUAGCGGAUGGCAAAAUAGCGAAAGCACUGAAGAAAAUCCUGAAGAAAGAACUAAAAGAACGCGAGGAACUAGCCGUCGGUGAUGUGAGACUGGGAAAUAUGAUCAAAGAGAAAUUUAACGCGGUGUGUGUUCACAAUAAAAUGACUGAUAUGAUAAUGCGAGGUAUUCGAACGCACGUGGACAGCCUGUUGGGUGAAUACAACCAGGAUUUGCGCGACAUGAAUCUCGCUGUUGCGCACUCACUGAGCAGAUAUCGGGUAUGA